CUCACCUACCAUGGGUGGGCCAGGAAACCUACAUGGCUCUGCUGUUCCAUCCCACAGGGACACCGGGGGAUUUUCAGCCAUGGUGCAAUAGAGUUAAACCCCACAGGGCGGCAGGGGCACUGGGACAGUCUCUGCAGUUAUGUCCCCUCCUGGGGGGCCAUGGGCACCACCCUCACCUCAGUGGGCACCAUACCACUCUGCAGCACUGGGGUUGUUUCUCUAAGGUGUUCCUAGAACACCUAUCACCAGGGUAUCUAACCACACAUUUCCCCAUGGGGGCAUUGUGGCCCCUCUGCUGCCAUCUCUCCCACCAUCUUGCCCCUCACUGCUCUGAAGGAUCAUGCCCCACGGGGGGUGAGGGGGUGGAGUGCUGCCUGGUCGUCAUUGGAUGAUGGACUCACUCUCUGAUCUUGCUGGAAAGAAAUUCUCCCUCCUGUUGGAGAACCCUGUGCUGCUCAGUCUUUUCCUCUCCAGACCAGUGGCCCAGGCUUCGACUGAUGAUCCAGAGCUGCAAAGCACCCAGCCGUGCUACUGACUGAGUGUGUGAGAUUAGUGGGCUGCACUUACAGCUGUCCCUGAAGAAGAUUCUGACCCCAGGUGUGGUGGCAGCUGUCACUUUAAGGCGCUCAAGAUGAGUGGCGAUGUGGCAGACUCCACAGAAGCGCAGAAUGAACCCAACCAAGUGGAACCAGGAAAUGAACGAAAUGGGCUGGACUUUAACAGACAGAUUAAAACAGAAGACCUCGGUGAUUCCUUGCAAUCUCCGGUACAGCCUAGAUCAGGCCACCUAGGACAAGGAUCAUCAAUGAUGCCUGGAAGCCAAAUUGCCGGGGAUAUGAGUUCUCUUCACACGCUGCAGCAGCUUGUACUGGUGCCCGGUCCUAUGCAAUCAGUCCCUCAGUUCCUGCUCUCUCAGGCCCAAGCUGGGCAACAAGCUUUGCAACCAAACAUUCUCUCCUUUCCCCAGCAACAGAGCAGCCUCGUCCUCUCGCAGCCUGGACCCAGCCUAGCAUCACAGGCAGUGGGACGAUCAGGGCUCCCUGGGCCGUCUUUAGAGCCCCAUCUGGAGGUGCCACAGCACUUGCAAGUUGCAAAACACAUGCUGUCUUCAGCCGUAUCAGACGAACCCAGUGACCUGGAGGAGCUAGAGAAGUUUGCUAAGACUUUCAAACAGAGGCGAAUCAAACUAGGGUUCACCCAGGGUGACGUUGGACUGGCCAUGGGUAAGCUGUACGGCAACGAUUUCAGCCAGACCACCAUUUCCCGCUUUGAGGCUCUCAACCUGAGCUUUAAAAACAUGUGCAAGCUCAAGCCCCUGCUGGAGAAGUGGCUGAGCGAUGCAGAAUCCACUCCUUUGGACUCCUCUGUGAGUACCCCUAAUUCCUACCCUUCAGUGAGCGAGAUGUUUGGGCGGAAGAGGAAGAAACGCACCAGCAUCGAGACCAACAUUCGUUCCACGCUGGAGAAGAGAUUUCAAGUUAAUCCCAAGCCCAGCUCGGAGGAGAUCUCCAUGAUAGCAGAGCAGCUCUCCAUGGAAAAGGAAGUGGUUCGGGUUUGGUUCUGUAACCGGCGCCAGAAGGAGAAGCGGAUCAGCUGUCCAGUGCCAUCCCCCAUAAAAUCAUCCAUCUACAACUCCAGACUGGUCUCUACCUCAGGGUCCCUGGGCCCCCUCUCAGUCAAUCCGAUGCACAGCACCAUGCCUGGGACAGUAACAUCGUCAUGUUCCCCUGGGAAUACCAGCAGGCCCUCAUCCCCCAGUACAGGGCUCCAUGCCAGCAGCCCCAGUGCAUCCCAGAGCCACUCUAAAGCCACAAUGAACUCGUCCAACUUCAAUCCUUCUGGAUCUUGGUACCGAUGGAAUCAACCCACUCUCCAUUGAGGCUGCUGCUCCAUCAUGCACAAAGGGAGCCCUGAUUUCUAGCCAUGGGCCAACUUCUGGGGCAAAGUUUGGAGUGAGGGUGCCUUCAAAGUGCAGCAGAAGGAGGGUCUUGCUUAUGGGAGCCCGGCACAGCUGGACUGUUUAGAGACUCGGGCUGUAACUGAACCUCCCACAGGAGAUUCUCAACUCCAGCAGUGAAAUUUAACACCCCUCCAGGUGUUAACCAGAAUAAUCCCCCACUUAGCCACAGCAGCACCAAACACUGUCCAACCCGUGUGGAUCUCUGUGAUGCUCUGCCUUGCCUGGCAAGGAUUUCCAUAUCGCACUCCUCCUCCUAGCUCAUUUCAGAGCUUGCCGUGAGAAGGGUCUGCAGUGCCGUCUCUGACCACACCCACAUCCCAGAAACCCCGGAACUGAACCCAGGUGACCACGUUCAUUUCACCGAAGACCUGCAUCUAGAUGUGAGCUUUGUUACCCUGUCAACUUCCCAGCUUAAUGUCAUUGUACUUUAUUCCCUACGCAACAGUUCUCCCUUUUCUAAAGCUCUUUUUGCUUUCUUUAAAUGUUUAGAGCCAGGUGCCUCUUUACUUUUUUUUCCCCCUUUAAAAUAAAUGCACCUUAUUUGUAAAGACACUGCUUGGUCAUUGCUCAGCUCCGAUCCUCACCCCACUGCUCCCUGGGCGGCUGUCACUCUUAGGCAUCAUGAGUGAAAUUCUGGCUCCUUUGAAGCAAACAGGAGUUUUGCCCCAGGAUUUUGCCUCGUGUUUAUUUUACUUCCCUGUUGUUUAUCCAUUGGGGCUCGUCAGCUACCAAACAACAAGACCUGCCUAAGGUUGUGUCUGUGUGUCUCCAUGCUGAGCAUUUUUGCUGAAUUAUUAACAUGUAAAUAGCUUUCCCAUUCUUUGUGCUCUGUCCUUCCGUCCCUGGGAGGACAGUUUGUAGAACUCAGGUGUGAAUUUGAGGAUUUUAUUUUCCUGUGUGUGUAUUGUUUAAUUUCAUUAAAAACCAAAGUAUAGAAAAUCUAACAAAUUUCACAGAGUAUCAACAGGGAAAUAAUGCUUAUUUCCCAGCUCGUCUAUCUGAAAGGAGCAGAUAUUCAUUUGUAGAGUAGAACUGAGACAUGAAAUACAUUACAAAGUGAAGGGUGUUCAUUUUAAACAAAAAGUGAUUUAGAAGGUACUUGCGCAUAGAGAAGCAUGCUGUGGCUCACCACCCUAGGAACAUUCUAGAAAAGGCCAAGGGGCCGGGGCUGAGCUCAACAUGUGGAGUGGAGAAGUAUAAGCAUGUGAGGAACAAAUCCAUACAUAGAGAGGUUAAAUAUGAUUGGUUAGCGGGUUGUGUUAUGUAACUGCCAUGUGCUAUAAAAUAGCAAUGGGAGGGGCUCCUUGCUGGAGGGACUUUGGCUGAUUUUUGUACCAGGAGCUCUCCCUUUGUGCACAUUGAAUAAAGUCUUGUUGAAUAGAAUCGAAUUGAAGACCCUUGAUUCUGCCCGGCAUCUGACUCAUUUGGUUGUUACUGGGAACCAUAAAAUCC